ACAAAAUCCUUUUCCACAUAACAUUCAAAUUAAAAACUCAAUUUCUUGUGUUUGUGGUGACACGACACUAGACAAAUGGCACACGCUUUAUCCUCCAAUGUGGCUCUUAACGUUCCCACAUUGAGGUACCUUGGUCCAAAGCAGUUGAAACCCGUGAGGGUGAUGAUGGGAGAUGCAAGAGAAAAAGUUGAGCAUGUUCCAAGACACCACCACAACCACCAUCCCCUCCCCAAAAAGAAACUUCCCCCUACCGCACCCAUAGGGUUGUGGGACAAGUUUCCUACGGCUAGGACAGUGCAAGAGAUGAUGGAGACAAUGGAAAGAAUGAUGGAGGACCCUUUUGCCUUGAGCACACUUGAGUGGCCUUCUUCUCCACUUCCAAGUGAGGGAGUUGGUGGGUACAAAAGAAGGGGAAGAGCACCAUGGGAGAUCAAAGAGGGAGAGAGUGAGUACAAGAUGAGGUUUGACAUGCCAGGGAUGAACAAGGAGGAUGUGAAGGUGUGGGUGGAGGAGAAGAUGCUUGUGGUCAAGGCUGAGAAAGAACCAAAGAAGAAGCAUGAGAAUAAUGGGAUUGUGGAACAUGAGGAGGAAGAUUGGUCUGCUAAGAGUUAUGGUAGGUAUAGCAGUAGGAUUGCUUUGCCUCAUAAUGUUCAGUUUGAGAAUAUUAAGGCUGAAGUUAAGGAUGGUGUGCUCUAUAUAACUAUACCUAAGGCUAGUAGCUACUCAAACAUCUUGGAUAUUCAAGUUCAAUGAUUCAUUUUGUUUGUGGUAAUUGUUGUUUGUUGCAGAGAGCUUUUCUUUUGAGAAAAAAGAUAGAAGAAUGUGUAAAUAUGUUUUUUUUUUUUUUUAAAACUAAGUUUAGUGUUUGUUAUACUUUUACAUGUA